AUGGCCUCGGCUGGUAACGCUGCCGAGCCCCAGGACCGCGGCGGCAGCUGCAGCGGGGCCCCGGGCCGGCCGGCCGGUGGCGGGAGGCGCAGAAGGACCGGGGGGCUGCGCCGCAACGCCGCGCCGGACUGGGACUAUCUGCACCGGCCCAGCUACUGCGACGCCGCCUUCGCUCUGGAGCAGAUUUCCAAGGGGAAAGCUACUGGCCGGAAAGCGCCGCUGUGGCUGAGAGCGAAGUUUCAGAGACUCCUAUUUAAACUGGGUUGUUACAUUCAAAAAAACUGCGGCAAGUUCUUGGUUGUAGGCCUCCUCAUAUUUGGGGCCUUCGCUGUGGGAUUAAAGGCAGCUAAUCUCGAGACCAACGUGGAGGAGCUGUGGGUGGAAGUUGGUGGGCGAGUAAGUCGUGAAUUAAAUUACACUCGCCAGAAGAUUGGAGAAGAGGCUAUGUUUAAUCCUCAACUCAUGAUUCAGACCCCCAAGGAAGACGGUGCUAAUGUCCUGACCACGGAGGCACUCCGACAGCACCUGGACUCGGCGCUCCAGGCCAGCCGGGUCCAUGUAUAUAUGUAUAAAAGGCAAUGGAAAUUGGAACAUUUGUGUUAUAAAUCUGGAGAACUUAUCACAGAAACAGGUUACAUGGAUCAGAUAAUAGAAUAUCUUUACCCUUGUUUAAUUAUUACACCUUUGGACUGCUUCUGGGAAGGGGCAAAGUUACAGUCUGGGACAGCAUACCUACUAGGUAAGCCUCCUUUGCAGUGGACAAACUUUGACCCUUUGGAAUUCCUAGAAGAGUUAAAGAAAAUAAACUAUCAAGUGGACAGCUGGGAGGAAAUGCUGAAUAAGGCUGAAGUUGGUCAUGGUUACAUGGACCGGCCCUGCCUCAAUCCGGCUGAUCCAGACUGCCCUGCCACAGCCCCCAACAAAAAUGCAACCAAACCUCUUGAUAUGGCCCUUGUUUUGAAUGGUGGGUGUCAUGGAUUAUCCAGAAAGUAUAUGCACUGGCAGGAGGAACUGAUUGUGGGUGGCACAGUCAAGAACAGCACUGGAAAGCUUGUCAGUGCCCACGCCUUGCAGACCAUGUUUCAGUUAAUGACUCCCAAGCAAAUGUACGAACACUUCAAGGGUUAUGAGUAUGUCUCGCACAUCAACUGGAACGAGGACAAGGCAGCAGCCAUCCUGGAGGCUUGGCAGAGGACGUAUGUGGAGGUAGUUCAUCAAAGCGUCGCUCAGAACUCCACUCAGAAGGUGCUUUCCUUUACCACGACAACCCUGGAUGACAUCCUCAAGUCCUUCUCUGAUGUCAGCGUCAUCCGAGUGGCCAGUGGCUAUUUACUGAUGCUUGCCUAUGCCUGUUUAACCAUGCUGCGCUGGGACUGCUCCAAGUCCCAGGGUGCCGUGGGGCUGGCUGGUGUCCUGUUGGUUGCACUGUCAGUGGCUGCAGGAUUGGGCCUGUGCUCAUUGAUCGGGAUUUCCUUUAAUGCUGCAACAACUCAGGUUUUGCCAUUUCUUGCUCUUGGCGUUGGUGUGGAUGAUGUUUUCCUUCUGGCGCAUGCGUUUAGUGAAACAGGACAGAAUAAAAGAAUCCCUUUUGAGGACAGGACCGGGGAGUGUCUCAAGCGCACGGGAGCCAGCGUGGCCCUCACAUCCAUCAGCAACGUCACAGCCUUCUUUAUGGCUGCGUUGAUCCCCAUUCCUGCUCUGCGGGCAUUCUCCCUGCAGGCGGCUGUAGUAGUGGUAUUCAAUUUUGCUAUGGUUCUGCUGAUUUUUCCUGCAAUUCUCAGCAUGGAUUUGUAUCGACGUGAGGACAGGAGAUUGGAUAUUUUCUGCUGUUUUACAAGCCCCUGUGUCAGCAGAGUGAUUCAGGUUGAACCCCAGGCCUACACAGAGACUCACAGUAACACCCGCUACAGCCCCCCGCCCCCCUACAGCAGCCACAGCUUCGCCCACGAAACCCAGAUCACCAUGCAAUCCACGGUGCAGCUUCGCACGGAGUACGACCCACACACGCACGUGUACUACACCACUGCCGAGCCGCGCUCCGAGAUCUCCGUGCAGCCCGUCACCGUGGCCCAGGACACGCUCAGCUGCCAGAGCCCCGAGAGCACCAGCUCCACGAGGGACCUGCUCUCCCAGUUCUCUGACUCUAGCCUCCACUGCCUUGAGCCCCCCUGCAGCAGGUGGACACUCUCAUCUUUUGCCGAGAAGCACUAUGCCCCUUUCCUCUUGAAACCAAAAGCCAAGGUCGUGGUGAUCUUCCUUUUCCUGGGCCUGCUGGGGGUCAGCCUUUAUGGGACCACCCGAGUGCGUGAUGGGCUGGACCUUACAGACAUUGUGCCUCGGGAAACUAGAGAAUAUGACUUUAUUGCUGCACAGUUCAAAUACUUCUCUUUCUACAACAUGUAUAUAGUCACUCAGAAAGCAGACUACCCGAAUAUCCAGCACUUACUUUACGACCUUCAUAAGAGUUUCAGUAAUGUGAAGUAUGUCAUGUUGGAAGAAAAUAAACAGCUUCCCAAAAUGUGGCUGCACUACUUCAGAGACUGGCUCCAAGGACUUCAGGAUGCAUUUGACAGUGACUGGGAAACUGGGAAAAUCAUGCCAAACAAUUACAAAAAUGGAUCAGAUGAUGGGGUCCUUGCCUACAAACUCCUGGUGCAAACCGGCAGCCGUGAUAAGCCCAUCGACAUCAGCCAGCUGACUAAACGGCGCCUGGUGGAUGCAGACGGCAUCAUUAAUCCCAACGCUUUCUACAUCUACUUGACCGCUUGGGUCAGCAACGACCCCGUGGCUUAUGCCGCCUCCCAAGCCAACAUCCGGCCUCACCGUCCUGAGUGGGUCCACGACAAAGCCGACUACAUGCCAGAAACCAGGCUGAGAAUCCCAGCAGCAGAGCCCAUCGAAUACGCUCAGUUCCCUUUCUACCUCAACGGCUUGCGUGACACCUCAGACUUCGUAGAAGCAAUUGAAAACGUCAGAACGAUCUGCAACAACUACACAAGCCUGGGGCUCUCCAGCUACCCCAACGGCUACCCCUUCCUCUUCUGGGAGCAGUACAUCGGCCUCCGCCACUGGCUCCUCCUGUCCAUCAGCGUGGUGCUGGCCUGCACGUUCCUCGUGUGUGCUGUCUUCCUCCUGAACCCCUGGACGGCCGGGAUCAUUGUGACAGUCUUGGCUUUGAUGACGGUCGAGCUCUUUGGCAUGAUGGGCCUCAUUGGAAUCAAGCUGAGUGCCGUGCCUGUGGUCAUCUUGAUCGCUUCCGUCGGCAUCGGAGUGGAGUUCACCGUUCAUGUUGCUCUGGCCUUUCUAACAGCCAUUGGCGAUAAGAACCGCAGGGCCGUGCUCGCCCUGGAGCACAUGUUUGCACCUGUUCUGGAUGGUGCUGUUUCCACUCUGUUAGGAGUGCUGAUGCUUGCAGGAUCCGAGUUUGAUUUCAUUGUCAGGUAUUUCUUUGCUGUCCUGGCAAUCCUGACAAUCUUGGGCGUUCUCAAUGGACUGGUUUUGCUGCCAGUACUUUUGUCCUUCUUCGGACCGUAUCCUGAGGUGUCUCCAGCCAACGGGCUGAACCGGCUGCCCACCCCUUCCCCCGAGCCGCCCCCCAGCGUGGUCCGGUUUGCUCUGCCCCCUGGUCACACAAACAACGGGUCUGAUUCCUCUGACUCAGAGUACAGUUCUCAGACAACAGUGUCGGGCAUCAGUGAGGAGCUUCGUCACUAUGAGGCCCAGCAGGGCACCGGGGGUGCUUCCCACCAAGUGAUCGUGGAAGCCACAGAGAACCCUGUCUUCGCCCGCUCCACCGUGGUCCAUCCUGAACCGAGACAGCACCCACCCUCCAACCCUCAACAGCAGCCCCAUCUGGACUCAGGGUCCCUGCCACCCGGACGGCCAGGCCAGCAGCCCAGAAGAGAAGCCCCCAGAGAAUGCUUGAGGCCGCCCCCUUACAGACCGCGCAGAGACGCUUUCGAAAUUUCUACUGAAGGGCAUUCUGGCCCUAGCAAUAGGGACCGCACGGGCCCCCGGGGAACCCGCUCUCAGAACCCUCGGCACCCAGCGUUCACUGCCACGGGCAGCUCCGUGCCCAGCUACUGCCAGCCCAUCACCACCGUGACGGCCUCGGCGUCCGUGACUGUUGCAGUGCACCCCCCACCCGCCCCCGGGCCCGGGCCCGGUCGGAACCCCCGCGGGGGGCUUCGCCCAGGCUACGAGGACUACCCCGAGACUGACCACGGGCUGUUUGAGGACCCCCAUGUGCCUUUUAACGUCCGUUGCGAGAGGAGGGAUCCCAAGGUGGAGGUCAUUGAGCUACAGGACGUGGAAUGUGAGGAGAGGCGCCGGGGCAGCAGCUCCAACUGAGUGACCUCUUACCCACAGGCAGGGUUGCCUGUCUAAGCUUCGUCAUCCUUGGAGAACCAGUUGAGUUCCAGAUUGGAUCUGUCCCUCACAGUUAGCCUGUGGAGGUUUAAUGCAUCUCAACAGAGACACUGACAGCUGCCCCUUUCACCUAUUUUUCAGUCUUUUAAAGCCAUAGCAGGUAUGUCUGAUGAACGCACAGCUCAGUGAACAGUCACAAAGUGAGCACAUCCCUGUCACCAGCCCCCAGGUCAAGGGAGAGAUCAUGACCCACCCCUGGAAGCCCCUCGUGCCCUCACCCAUAACCCACCAUCCUGAUUUCUAUACCCCAGACCCGUUUUGCCUGUGUUUGUGCUUUAUACAUAGGGACUCAUAGACCUGUUACUUUGACUUCCUUUGUUUUUUUUUUCUUUUAAAGGGUGAGUAAAAUCUGAAGCAAAGAGGCCAAAGAUUGGAAGCCCCUCCCUACCCCUACCCUGCCCCACCAGAACUGCUUGAAGAGAACUGCGGAGUUAGAAAGGUGUGCUGUGCCAGAUAGCAGUUCAUUGUUACUGUAACUGAUUGUAUUAUUUUGUGAAAUAUUUCUAUAAAUAUUUAAGAGGUGUACACAUAUGUAAUAUACGAAGGAACGGAUGUAAAGUAGUGUGAUCUGGGUUUUUCUCCACUCCUGCCUCCAGAGCAGGCAGUGGUGAGACCGCAGCGGAGCCCCUCCCUAUUUGUACAUUGGUCUCUGUGCCAUGACCAAGCUUAACUUAGUCUUAAAUUUCAGCAUAUGUUGCUGCUGCUUAAAUAUUGUAUAAUUUACCUGUAUAAUUCUAUGCAAAUAUUGCUUAUGUAAUAGGAUUAUUUUGUAAAGGUUUCUGUUUAAAAUAUUUUAAAUUUGCAUAUCACAACCCUGUGGUAGUAUGAAAUGUUACUGUUAACUUUCAAACACGCUAUGCGUGAUAAUUUUGUUGUUGUUUAAUGAGCAAAUAUGAAGAAAGCACGUUAACCCCGGUGGCUUCUCUAGGUGUAGUUGGAUGAGAUUCUCUUGUUUGGCUGUGUGUGUGAACACGUAUGUGAUUUCCCAAUGUACUGUACUGUGAUUUUUUUUUUUCUUUUUUUCUUUUUACUGUCUGUGACCCGUGGUGGGCUCUACCUUAGGCCAGAAGAGUCAGGAUAUCUCUAGUGCUAGCGCUGGUGGAGGGCUAGCCCUAAACAUCUCCUUAUCCUUUUGCCAGACUCACUUCAAGUUCAGGGCAUCUCUUAAGAUCAUUGGCUGCCAUCCAGACACCCCAACUCGUGCCUCAGAGGAGAUAAGUUCCUUCGCAUGGACCAUUGUGGUGGAUGUUGGAACAUUAGGGUACAGAGCUCACAUCUCUUCAUCUUCAUUGGUAUUAAAGACCUAGAGAACAUGCCUAGUGGGAGCCUCAGCUGGGCCGUGAGCAUAUCCUCUAAAGUAUGCAGCCUUCACUGUACCUCUCUUAUAACCAGUGCACAACACACACACACACACACACACACACACACACACACACACACACUUACACACACCACCGCCACUAUCACCACCCAAAUUUAAGAGUGGAUUGGAAAUCGUCUGGAGACAAUGACCUUUUAAUUCUGGGUCCACAGCAGACCCAGAGGUGAUGUUUUGAGUCCCUACAAUUUAAACUCCCUCUCUUGCUAAAUGGCACGGUUGGGGCUUUCUGGAUUUGUUUGCAUCCUCUUUAAAAUAGUGAGCAUCCAAUAUGGUGAUACAGAAUCAAAUUCUAUAGGAUAUGAGCUUCAGAAGGAUGAUCCUCCAAGUGUUAAUAUUAACGUUAUGGGUGCACGCUUCCUAAGUAUCUCACCCCCCUCUUCUCAUCAUCAUUAGUAUUCUUUCCAUGUGACAUUUAUUGAAGAGCAGGAAGAUGCUAAUUGCAUAACCCCCACUGAAGAAUGUAUAUAGAGACAUAGCUCUCAACCAGGUGUUACUUUUAAAGAUUUGCUUCCAUACCAAUUCUGUUUUCUUGCUCUGAGGUUUGGUCUUCCUAGGCUCUUAGCCAGAGACCAGCAAAUGCUGGGGAAGCACUCGGUACCCAGACUAAGCUACUGUAGGAGUGCACAAAUGGCAGCUCCCAUAAUGCCUCCUGUUUUACAUGGAAAAUCGUAUUCGAAAGGCAACGGCCCACAGUAGUGCCAGCAGUGUAGUGACCUCAGACUCUAAAACUCGCCGCAAGGCUGUGGCUACCAGAUGUGUGUGUUAAUAUGCCAGGGGCCCAAAUGGCCCCACUGCUACUGUUUGGUGCCUCUGUCAGCCACACUGUCUGUCUACCUAACACUCAGCUCUGCUCAGAAAACUUAUAUCCCGCAUUCAGGAGAGAGAUGAUGCAAAAUUCAGAGAUCUGCUUCCCUCUGGCUCGAGGAGUGCCCUCGCUCCUUUCCUGAGCCCAGCUUGCACGGUGCCUGACUGCUUGCCUGGCCUCUGCUUUCUGCACAGCGUAGAGCUUUCUCCAAUAGUCACAUUGGCAAAGGGAGAACUCGGGGGCUGGCAGGCAACCAGAAUUUCUCUCUCUCUUUUUUAAAAUAGUUUUAUUUUGUCUGUCUUGUUUGUUCAUUUGGAUGUUUUAAUUUUUUUUAAAAAAAAAAUCUUUGCUGAUAUUUAUAAUUUUGUAUCAUAAGAAUGUUUUCCUACAGUAUUUGUCAUGCCAGUUUAUAACAGAAAAAUGCAGGGAUUUUAUUUCUAUUGGAAACACUAUUACAGCUAUGUUUUACCUUUGAACAGAAUUUUUAUUUGUAUAGAGUGCUUACUAAUGUUAAAUAGUUCAGAGUAUAUAACAUUUUCAUUAAGGACUCAUGGUAGGUUUUAGCGUAAGGAGUUUAAAGGAAAUAUUCAAACUGGGUCUCAUUGUCUGCCAAUUUUGGCAGAAAUGGGUUUGUGUCAUUUCAAUUACAAAGAUAAAAGUAUGCCAUAUAAUUUAUUUAUAUGAAAAUUUAUUUUUGUAGUGUACAUAGUAGUCAUCAAGUCUUUUGACAGAAGUAUAUUUUUAAAGAAUUUAUAUGUGAUGAAUCCAUAAUGUCUGGAACUUUGCUGAGACAUGAGUGGGGCACACUUUUCAUUGUAAAGUACAGCAAGGAAAAGAAAAUGUUUCACAGUGUUAAGAGAGUGAGACUGAGUGAAUAUUCACACAGUUGUGGAAUGUGUAUUAGUUACCAUUUGUGACCUAGUGUGGUUCUCAUUUUAAACCUCAG